AGUCACGUGAUUGCUGCUAUUAUCGUCAGACAGUCGAUAGUCGAAGGGUUACAGACAUGGCAGCCGAAAUAAAUCGAUUAGAAGAUGUUCUUGAUGAACAUAUUCCAUCUGAUCAGUUAAAGGAGGUCAAGCGAAUACUUUUCGGUAAUGCGCCGAUUAAACUACCCUUGAAUAGCAAUGUAGAAGAAAAAGCUAAAUCGAUUAAUGUUGACGUGGAAGGCUAUAAAUUUGAUUGUCCUAAAGAACAGAGUAGAGCUGCUAGACUUGUCAGAGUAGGAGCCAUCCAGAACUCGAUAGCUAUUGGUACUGAUGAACCUGUCGUGAAUCAAAGGGAUGCAUUGCACAGGAAAAUUGGCAAAAUAAUUGAUCUUGCGGGAGAAUGCGGUGUAAAUGUACUAUGCCUUCAAGAAGCUUGGACAAUGCCAUUUGCUUUUUGCACUAGGGAAAAGUAUCCCUGGUGCGAAUUCGCUGAAUCUGCCGAAAAUGGUCCAUCAACUUGCUUUUUGCAAGAUUACGCAAAGAAAUACAAUAUGGUUAUCGUUUCGCCAAUUCUUGAAAGGGAUGAGGCUCAUGGCGAUGUUAUAUGGAACACGGCUGUUGUUAUUUCGAAUAAUGGUCAUUAUAUGGGCAAAUCGAGAAAAAAUCAUAUACCAAGAGUUGGCGACUUUAAUGAGUCGACGUAUUAUAUGGAAGGUGAUACAGGUCAUCGAGUAUUUCAAACUGCAUUUGGAAGAGUUGCCAUAAACAUUUGCUAUGGUAGACAUCACCCUUUAAAUUGGCUUACUUAUGGCUUAAACGGGGCGGAAAUCGUUUUCAAUCCUAGCGCAACUGUGGGUGGCCUCUCCGAACCAAUGUGGCCUAUAGAAGCAAGAAACGCUGCUAUAGCUAAUAGUUAUUACACUGUUGCAAUUAAUAGAGUGGGAAGCGAGCAAUUUCCUAAUGAAUUUACAUCAGGCGACGGUAAACCGGCGCACAAGAAUUUUGGACACUUUUACGGUUCAAGUUAUAUAAGCGCUCCAGACGGAAGUCGAACGCCAGGGCUUUCUAGAGUUAGAGACGGAUUAAUAUUUUCCGAGAUUGAUUUAAAUCUUUCAAGGCAAGUUAGAGAUAAAUGGGGAUUCCGAAUGACUCAGAGAUUGGAUAUGUAUGCCAAUAGUUUGGGUGAGGCAGUGCUAGAUGAAUUUCAACCAAAUAUCAUCACAGAAUAA